CUUUGAUGAGUGGCGACUGGCGAGUGGAUUACAACCACAGAUAAGUUUUAUAUUGUUCUAUGGUUUUAUAUAAUCUGCUUGUGCUUGUGCUACAACACUAACCAGACGCCAGAGUUCGGUCUAAGGAAUCGAGUCUCGAGUCUACCUUGUAGCAUAGUUCUGUGCGACUGAGCUUGUAGAGACCGUAUGGUAUAUAGUGCCUAUGAUUGUUGAAUGUUGAUUGUGUUUCAUGACUUCGUUUAUGGUGUAUAGUGUUUGUACUGUUUGUAGGUAAACUGUAUGACAUUCGUAGUUAUUGUAAUUACCAUUUACCAGUUACUAGUUGCGUCUCAUUCUUCAUAAUUACAAAUUGACGGUUAUUAUUCAGCGUUAAAUGUAGAUAUUUCGAAUUUUAAUUUUACUGUAAACCGUAAAGUGUGAAUAAGAUUUGUGUAAACUGAUAUACCUAGUUAUCUAGUGACUUGAGGCUAGACAUUUGGCAACUACUAGAAGGUUAGUGAACAUUUAUCAUUAUGAGUAAGCGCAGAGCAGGUAAUGAACUAACCAAAGACAAUUGGGAUGAGGAAGAAGAAAAAGUGGAUCCAGGAACAUUUAAGGUAGCAGACGAUUCUGUAUUGAAAAACCGAGUUCUAAAAAGAGCAAAAAGAACAUUACAAAGAGAUGAAUCUGGUGAACUAAAACCAAUAUUUUCUGGAUUUUCUGGAUUCAACAGUCUAUCCAGUAAUUCAAAUUCUAAACAAGCAUUUUCCUUUUUGUCAAAAUCAAAUGACAUACCCAGUGAGAGUGGAAAUCAUCCAUCUGCAUCAACGAUUAAUUCAUUGACUACGUCUAGUAGCUUAACAUUUUCAGAAAGUAACAGUUCCAAAAGUUCAACUCCACCAAUUGUUAAUCAUGUUAAGGUGAUGAAGCUAAACGAGGCAUUUGUUAAAUUUAUUACAAAUGCUGUGCAGAAAAAUCCUUAUUGCGUGCUAACUCCUUCAUUGAAAGACUAUGAAAAACAAAUAAGCAAAUUCGUCGAUCUUUCUAGUUUUAAAACAAACACGCCUGAUACUUCAAUGGCUUCUAAUAAAGGAUCUCCUCAAAUAUCAGUAAUGGAAAGUAAAAUAACACGUACAAAGAACUCUGAUGAAGUAAAAAAUAAUUCUGUCAAUGCCCAGAAAAAUGAAAUUAGUUUUAUAAAUCCAAUUGGCAAUAUUUCUAGCAAUGAACAAUUAUUUAGUUUUGGUAAUACAAGCCAAGACAGUAGUACUAAAGAAUUAAGUACAAAUAUUUUGAAAAUUGAUAAGACGUCUACAGAACACACAGAAGAAAAAAAUGAAGAAACAAAAUUAAAACCAUUUUCUUCAGAAGAAUCAAAGAAUACACUUGCAACAGGGAAUAAUGGAUUUAAGUUGGGUGAAUUCAAAUUUAAUAAUCAGCCAUUGUCAACCUCUCUUACUAGUAAAUCUCCUGACUUUAAAUUUAGUGAUGAUAAAACAUUGGCAUUUAAUUCUAAUGACAAAAAACCAUCCCCCUCAGAUAAACCUGUUGUAUGCAAGACAUUAAACACGAAGCCUCCAUUCAAUUUUGGAGGUUCUCAACCAUCAUUUUCAUUUAAAUCUACUGAACAAAAUAAUUCCAAGCCAUUCUUUAGUUUCGGAUCAAAAUCUCCUACCAUAACAUUUUCUGCUGAAAAUUUGAAGACUCCUCAGGAACCUCAAAAUCCACAAGAUGAAGAUGAGGAUCAACCCCCAGUUGUGAAUUUUACACCUAUUAAAGAGAAUGAUGCAAUUUUUGAGUCUAAAAGUAAACUAUUUUGUUUUAAAAAUGGUAAAUAUGAAGAACUUGGUGUUGGUCAAUUGUAUUUGAAACCAGUGGAUGAUAAAAAAAUACAAUUAAUUAUGAGGAACGAUAGUGCCUUAGGAACUAUAAUGGCAAAUACAUUACUGAAUGAAUCUGUGAAUUUUACUAAACGCAACUCAAAAAAUGUCCAAUUAACAUGUGUUCUUGAUCCUACAAAAAGUACCAAACCUCAAACGAUUCUAUUCAAAUUUAAGGAUUCACAAAUCACUGAUACUUUUGAAAAGGAACUAAUCAAACUGAAAAAUUAGUCCCAAUUAUUAAGUUUUCAGAUUAAAAAUAAUUGAUUUUCUUAUUUGUAUAAUUUAAUGUUCUUCCAGACUAUAUUAUUGGUGAAAAAAUACAUACUAUUGUGUA